GUGAGCGUGUCGCCGCAGCCUGCGCAACCGGGUCUGGUGUUGCGGCGGUCGCCUUGGCAAUGCUCAGGCCCUGCGUGCGCCAAGGCCCUGUUCAGCUUGCUCAGGCCGGCGUGGCGGACGCCUCUCCAAGGCCGGGCUCUAGGGAGAACUGCGGCCAUCCUCGCCACUCCGGAGUUCUGUGACCUUGGGCAACUUGACUUUUUCUCCCCUGUCAAGUGGAGAUCGAAACAGUACGUGAGUCGCAGAGCUGUGUGAGAACGUAGUUAAGACUUUGUGCCGCACUUCUGAUCGCACUUGAAUGUGAGUCCCUUGCAGAGUCUGAAUCAGCAAGUCUGGGGUGGGACCUGAGAUGCUGUGCCUGUAAACCAGCACAUCAUACUUUGAGCAGCAGUGCCCUACUGUUGGGAACGAGGCUUUCCUUUUGGAAAUCUGCCCUCCUCAUUCCUGUUGAAUGUUAGUGAACAACUGAAUGUCUCUUCUCUGUCACUGCUUCCCAUCUACAAUGAAUAUCUGGCACCAAUUCUGGCCCAGUCAUUUGUGAUCCAUGGCUCUUGUGGUAUGCCGAAGAUUUCCAGGCAUUGUCCAUGGAACACCUCCCUGUUCAGCUCUAAUCAAGCACCACAUAAACAAGAAAUUGCCUGGUCAGACCUGUGAGAACUGUGCUCUGACUGCCAAAAAGAUCAGUACUGAUACGAGAAUGGCAGUCACUCUCAAGUUGUUAAAACCUCUAAAAUAUCAAGCAUUUUGCGGUCCUUUUACCUACAGUGCAGCCCAAAGAGUGGCAUAUUGGAAUGUGGGGAGCAGCACACGGCACAGGGGACAGGACUCUCCAGAGCACAGUAACCCUCACCAUCCUGCCAGAAAGGUUAAGAACAUUGGUAGCAUCGCCUCUUCUCAGAGAGUCUUCACAACCAGCAGUGCCCUCCUGGGUUUGGAAUUCAGCAAGGCUUCUACCUCUAAUGCCAGCACGUUGCAGCCAGGCUCACCCAGGGCCAUGAGAGUUGAUGAAGAGGAUGUAGAAGUUUUUGAUUCCUUUGAAGGCACCCGAGUUUUCCUACAGCUAAGGCCAGAGUACCAGCUUCACAGCUAUAACAGAUCUGAGACUUGUCAGCCUCUGUCUGUUUCAGAAGGUGAACUGAUUUUGCACAAAGUCACAGUUUAUCAAAAUAACCUCCAGCCUGAAGUCAUUGCUGAUUAUUUCUGUAAGCUGAGUUCUUUGCCUGCUGAGCAACGUCCUCUUUUGCUGUCCCAUGCCAGCUUUGCUUUGCUCUGUCAGCUGAGCGUGAAAAACAUUCAGCUCUUCCAUAUCACAGAUCUGAUCAGUAUUUUGAAAGCCUUUGUUGGCUUAGGAAUCCCUCACUUCCAUUCAAUGCUAGAUAUGUAUGAAACCAGAUUUUGCCAUCAUGUGUGGGAGAUGAGUCUGGAUCAGCUUCUCUUGGUGGCUGAUCUUUGGCGACACUUAGGCCGUAGAGUACCUCGGUUUUUAAACAUUUUUUUUAGUUAUCUUAAUUUGCACUGGAAAGAUCUAUCCUUAUCCCAGCUGAUUCACUUAAUUUAUAUCAUAGGUGAAAGUCGUCAGGUACCAAAGGACCUAAUGCAGAAACUGGAAUCACUGAUUCUUAAGUAUAUAGAUUUGAUAAAUUUAGAGGAAAUUGGUACAAUCUGUUUAGGUUUCUUUAAGUCAAGUAGUAGUCUCUCUGAAUUUAUUAUGCGGAAAAUUGGGGAUGUGGCUUGUGCAGACAUGCAGCAUCUGAGUAGUCAUGCCUUAGUGCAUAUUCUUAAAAUGUUCCGUUUCACUCAUGUGGAUCACAUCAAUUUCAUGAAGCAGUUUGGAGAGAUUGCUCCUCAACGAAUUCCUUCCCUGGGGGUUCAGGGUGUCAUGCACCUGACUCUUGCCUGCUCAGCCUUACGCAUCCUGGAUGAAAGGGUAAUGAAUACGGUGGCUGCCUCUUUGCCUCCUAGGGUAGCACACUGCCGAAGUAAAGAUGUUGCCAAAAUUCUGUGGUCAUUUGGAACUCUGAAUUAUAAGCCACCCAACACAGAAGAAUUUUAUUCCAGUCUGAUAAAUGAGAUUCAUAGAAAGAUGCCUGAAUUCAAUCAAUAUCCAGAACACCUGCUAACUUGUCUGCUGGGCCUGGCAUUUUCUGAGUACUUUCCAACGGAUUUUAUCGAUGUUGCUCUAAGUCCACGGUUUGUCAGGUUAGCUCAGGAGAGAAGUAAGUUUGAACUCACUAAGGAACUGUAUACUCUUGAUGGUACAGUUGGCAUUGAGUGCCCAAAUUAUAGAGGCAGUCGUCUUAGUUCUCACCUUCAACAAGAGGCGUCCACAAAACUGUGGAAUUUAGCAAGGAAGGAUAUGAUCUCAAAGCCUGAAUUCCUAGAAGCUCUCUCUUUACUUGAGACCAUGUUGGGUGGCCCUCAGUACAUCAAGCACCAUAUGAUUUUGCCUCAUACCCGAUCUUCUGACUUAGAGGUCCAACUUGAUGCUGACAUGAAGCCAUUACCAUUUAACAGAGAAGCCAUCCCAUCUGAAGGUGUAGCCAAAUUAAGGCUUAAGCAUGUGGGAGUCAGCCUUACAGAUAAUUUGAUGAGUCAGUUGGUAAAAGGGAAAGUCAGAAAGUAUUUCCAGGGGGAAACUGAGUCAGAGACUGGUGAGCAACCCAUGGAGUUAGAAAAUAAGACAGUCAUACCCUUGGAGGUUUCCCCUUGUAAUGUGGUAGAGAGAGUGGGGGCUGUGCAGAUGGAUAGUCCAUGCCCCUCAGGCCACCUGCAGUCCCCAGUGGUGAAACUAGCUAUUCAGUUGACGAAUAAGAACCAAUAUUGCUAUGGUUCCAAGGAUCUGCUUGGACUGCACAGUAUGAAGAGGCGGCAGCUGGUUCGACUUGGGUACCGAGUGGUAGAGUUAUCCCACUGGGAGUGGCUCCCUCUGCUGAAACGAACUCGCUUAGAAAAGCUGGCAUACCUCCAUGAGAAAGUAUUCACCUCUGCUCUCUGAACGGCUGUCUUGGACAUUUGUACUCAUAAAAGCCUUAGGUGUAUCCUGUACCAGGUACAGAUUGAGCAUCCCUAAUCCAAAAAUCAAAAUCCAAGAUGCUCCAAGAUCUGAACCUUUUGGAGGGAGGGACAGUAUUGGAGUUUGAACACAGAGCCUUGCAUUUGCUAGGCAGGCGCUCUACCACUUCAACUAUACUCCCAGACCAUGAAACUUUUUGUGUCUUUUUUUAAAUUUUGGUUUUUUGGGGCGUUUUUUGGCAGUGUGAUUUCAGAUUUCAGGUUUUUCAGAGUAGGGAUACCCAAAUGGUAGUGUAUGCAAAUAUUCCCAAGUCUGAAACAACCCGAAAUCUGUCUGAAACAUUUCUAAUGCUGAACAUUUUGGAUAAGGAAUACUCAACCUGUAUUGCAAAAGAAUUAUAUAAAAGCCAGAAUGUGUUUGAUAAUAACAUCUGCCGAGGAGAUGUAGUUGCGCUAUUGUUUGUGGAGUAAAUUACUUGUAGCCCUUACUAGAAGCAAGUUGCUGCUAGUAUGUAGCUAGUUUGUACAUUUUGCUCUAAUAAAAAACACCUUAAAAUGUCC